AUGUUUGAAGUCAGUGGGUGCUACCGAUUCAGGAUAGCCACGUACAAGUACAUUGACUCAAUUCUCGUAGCACUUUCUGGCUUUCGUUCCAAGGACCCUGAUGUUCUCCAGCACCUCUUCGCCUAUAUUUUCGAUCAUAGUCAAACCAAAGUGGAAACAUUCCAGGCCGACCGCAAGGAAGCAUCACAAGUUCCCAAAAGGGUGCACGUCGAAUUAAGACUGGGCGACGAGCCAACGCAUAAUGGCUACCAACAGCAUGCCACCAGCUUGCAGAAGAACUAUUCAGAGAGUACUCAGAGGUGGUCGCGCGUGCUAGUGGUGUGCAUGGUCGCAGGCCAUUCUCAAAAGACUAUUGAGCUGCUGCAAGACUUCAUCAGGCCGACGCAGACGAGGUCCGACAAGAUAGAGUCGCCUGAAACCACGAAUCCUUGGUAUACGGUGCCGUCAUGGACGGUUAGAACUGUCGGCUUCUGCUAA